AUGCCCUCGAACAAUAGCAGCAACACGUCAUCACUUCCUCUACCGCCGCGCCCCGAUCCGGUGACACUUGACCAAAUAUUUGAUCGCCUUACUGCACCGUAUGUCGCAAUGGAGGAUCGUGCCUAUCAUCUCGUUGCAUUGUAUACUGUGGCCUUUCACCCGAGUGUGAAACUCUUCUUAUUUGAACAUGAACCGCUACGCAACACCGAUGCAACUGGAGUUAUGGGUUACAGUGAAGAAAAUACACGGCGCCGCGAAGCUUUGCUGAAGGGAAUCGCUUUCUUUCUCGCUCAGCGCAGCAAUGCUGUGGCGCAGGAAUGUCGCUGGGAGACGGCAGCACUGUUGGGCGAGUUGUGCCGUAUGGAGAGUGUGCAGCCGCUGCGUUCUGCAGGAGCUAACGACAGAAACUCUACCAGCAGUAUAAAUGCCAUUAGCGGUGCCAGAAGCUACGGGAUAUUCUCACCGAAGGAAGAGGUGGUGCAAAAGAUUAACCAUUACGCCCGUGCCAACCUUGAGUAUUUGGCGCGGCUCCCGUGGUUUGUCAUAGCGGUGCGGGAACUCAUUGGAAACGAAGGUGACGUUAAUUCCGCGCCGAAGACAACAACAUCUUCACUGGAGCUUCGCCGUGCCCUGCGGCAGCGUUUGAGGCGUAGUGUGGAUAGUGAUGGCUGUGGUUUAAAUGAUGACAACGGUCAGACUAAUUUGAGUAGUGGCGUGGAGUGUGAUGAUGACACUCGUGUUGCACUUAAGGAUAUCCUCGCGGCUCUACCGGAUAUUGUCACAGCUGAAGAAGCACCUGAUGAAGGAACGGCAACUCUUUCGCAAACCACAGUGGUGAGGUGGUCCGCAGAGCAGUUGGAACGUGCAUGCGACUUGAUGUUUGUUGACGCUUCCACAACGUUACUUCAUCUCAUCCCACUCGUCUCCCGCAGUAGUCAUUUGCUGUGCGCCAACUGUCAGAAGCACGGCGUUAAAUGCGGCGGGGAAGGUUUGUUGCGUUGCAGCAGUUGCAAGGCGGUGUAUUAUUGCAGUGAAGAGUGUCAGCGUGAGCAUUGGUCCGCUGCCCACCGAGUGCCAUGCAAGAAUUAUAAACAACGCGCAGAAACAAUACUUGCUGAAUAUAUAGCUGCUAACAAAAAUGUUGUGGGUGGCAAAAGGGGAAAAAGGAUGAGUCUGCAACAGCAAGAGGAAUUAGUGGCGGUGUUGGAGGUCCCUUUGGAACCCUCACUGUUCUAUGAAACUCGGCGCUACUUGUAUGAUCAUCGUGACGCGUCAUUUAGUGGGGUGAGCUUUUACGAUUAUUUCAUGAAGUACACCGUCCGCGGAUCUUAA